AUGUUCCAAGUCCCCGUUGCCCCUAUCCUCGCCUNUCCAGACACCGCUCCCCCUGGUCUUCCCACUGCACUUCCACGCUAAUCGCAUCAUCCACGAAAAACCGCAAAAACGUCGGAUCAUUCUUCCCUCCCCCUACCUCCGGCUGCACCUUGCAUUGCGGUGGAAUCGACACUAUCGCUUUCCCCGUUGGCGGAGCGAUCUUUACGUGUGCCGCUGCCCGUACCCCGGAAUGCGUUACCCGUACCGUGUCUCUCGUCGUCUGUCGGUGUACGUGUUCUAUCGCCGACGCCACCAACCCCCACCACCCAGGACUGCCCCGCCAUCCGAACUGCAACCGAAGGUCUACUACCAGGAAUUCCCCUACCACAUAUCCGAAAACCGGUGCCCCUGCGGGGUCUACUGGAACUUGGCGAAACGCGCUUUUCACGUCCAUUUUUGCAACGUUAUCGUCCUCCUUGGAUACCUAGCUCUUAGCCCCAGGGACCGUUCAAACACCUCCUUCAUUACAGUCGCCAUCCCGCACGCCGGAAUUUCUUCAAAAAAAGUGGUGGCAUUCACCGGCCGCCCUUCCCCCCCCCGUUGCUUCCGCUACUGGUAUAGUCAGAUCGUGUAUCACCCGAAGUUUCUCUUUCUCCUCCACCACCCCGACCGGGGACACCCGCAAACCUGGAACUUUUUUCGCCAACUCCUCUCCUGAACAUCACCGCCCUGCCUGCUUCUACGUCCUCCACCACCUUCUGCCAAAUCGCUCCGUGCCAUUUUUGCGCGCUCGGAUGGUUUCCGUACGCUAACCCAUGCUUCAGGUCUCCCCCCGGUCCUACUGCGAUGGUUUACCAGCACGUCAACGUGUUCAAAGCUCCCAAAACUUCUGGCAAUCUUUUUCGCAUCCAUAUGAGGCGCCAACAAACGUCCACCCAGACUCUGCACGACACGUCCGAUUCCACCUCCGCUAGCAUCUAUCAUCUCUUCCUUCGGGGGGGGGGCGCUCAAAAGGGGUUCACUCGCUGGUUCAGUUUGUGCAUUGGAAGGGAAGGGCACGGGGCGGAUACGGGGGCCAAACUCUCAGACAACACGGCCCACGCCAUAUCGGCCAACACUGUCAUCAUUUUCAAUUGUUCCGGUGACCCGGUUUUCGUUUCCCGGGGCCUCGAUAGCGCUGCUCGCCACCUUGCUUUUCCCUCAGCCGCGCCACCCGGUGCUGUACCUGCUGCUCCAGAUGCCACCGACCCCGGCACCGGCCCCGUCUCCGCGCCCAUGACCCAGUCCCCGCUCGCGCGCGCGCCCCAUGCUGUAACCUCCC